AUGCUAGUUCCUCCCAGAACGCUUCCAGAGAUUGUGGGAGGGUGGCUGAAGUACUUCACCCUCAUCACCUUUGUUGCUGUGCCCAUCUGGGCUUACCAGGGGUUUCUGGCCCUGCUGGGUGUGACGCUUGGUCGCGAGGUAUUCUUUUCCAAUGUGGACCGCUCUGCUAUGAAGUUCAAGGAUCCAUUUGACCUGGAGCACGGCUUUGUUACGGUCAAUGGCCUCAGAUUGCACACAGUCUCGGCGGGGCGAGGGCACGGGAAGCCUCUGAUGCUGUUUCUGCACGGCUUCCCAGAGCUGUGGUUCAGCUGGCGCAGGCAGAUGCAGCAGUUCAAGGAGGACUAUGAGGUUGUGGCGGUGGACAUGCGAGGGUAUGGGGAGUCAGACAAGCCAGAGGGCAGGCACAACUACACCAUCCCCACACUCGCGUCAGACACAGCCGCGCUGAUCAAGGCGCUCGGCCACGAAAGGUGCGUGCUGGUGGCGCAUGACUGGGGCGGCAUGGUGGCCUGGCACACAGCGGCGCUGUACCCACAAGCGGUGGAGCGGCUGGUUGUGAUGGGCCUGCCGCACCCCGCCUCCUGGAGAGACAACCUGGACCUCGACCAGUUCCGGCGCAGCUGGUACAUGCUGUUCUUCCAGGCGCCCAAGCUGCCGGAGUUCCUGGCGCUGGCCGCGGACGCUGCCUUCAUCUCCGGUGCCUUCAAGACGGCCGCAGUGGCGCCGCGCAAUAAGGACGCCGUCUCAGACGAGGACGUCGAGAGGUACAAGCAGGGCUUUGCGCGGCCCGGGGCUGCAACCGCCUCGAUCAAUUACUAUCGAGCCUUCUUUGACAGCGAGACACGCUCUCCACAGCCAGAGUACAGGAAAGCGCAUGAGUUAUUGCGGCGAGGCUUGAAGAUGCCCGUGCUGAUGUUGUACGCUGCCAAUGACACAGCCCUGGGGCCACAGCUGGUCCGGGGGACGGAAAAGUAUGUGCCAGACUUGGAGCUGCAUGUGCUGGAGGACUGCUCGCACUGGGUGCAGCAAGACCAGCCAGAGCUGGUGCAGAAGCUGAUGCGCGGAUUCCUGGAGCGCACUGCAAAGAGCAUGGGGCAGCAGACAGUAGCACAGGCGGCAUGA